GGGGGAGCGGAGCGGCCCGAGGCGGCCCGGGCAGUGCGUAGCGGGGCUAUGGCGGGCGCGGGGCUGUGGUCGCUGUCGGCGCGGCCGCUGGGCGCGGCGGAGCCGCUGUCGCUGGGGUCGCUGCGCGGGCACGUGGUGCUGGUGGUCAACGUGGCGUCGCUCUGAGGCACCACGAGACGCGACUUCCUGCAGCUCAGCGAGCUCCAGGGCCGCUACGGGCCCCGCGGGCUGCGCGUGCUCGGCUUCCCCUGCAACCAGUUCGGGCACCAGGAAAAUGCUACUAAUGAGGAGAUCCUGGCUUCGCUAGAGUACGUUCGUCCUGGGAAUGGGUACAAGCCAAAUUUCACCAUGUUUGAGAAGUGUGAGGUCAACGGGAAGAAUGCGCACCCCCUCUUCACCUUACUGAAAGAGGCACUUCCCUUCCCACACGAUGACCCCUCCUCGCUGAUGACCAACCCCCAGUACAUCAUCUGGUCCCCCGUCUGCCGCAACGACAUCUCCUGGAACUUCGAGAAGUUCCUCAUUGGUCCCGAUGGCGUGCCCUUCAAGCGCUACAGCCGGCAUUUUGAAACCAUCAAGAUCCAGGAUGAUAUUGAAUUGCUUCUGCAGAAGGUUCCCCAGAAUGUUCCUCAAUAAAGUCAAGUGCCGCAGUGUUCGCUGCCGGGCCCCCGUGCUUCCUGCUCAGCUCGCUGUACCCCUGCCUGUUUUCCUCGCAGGGCGCUGCUCCUCUGGCAGAAAUCCCAAUGUCUCGUGCAGGUUUUGCUUAUGAAAGUGCGUCUUCCAAAUUCUUGAAGUGUACUUGAUGUUUUCAAAAGUUGCAUGGGAAUGUUUGGGAAGCUAUGCCGGGGAAAGCAGCUGUGAGUCUCAGUAGCUUGCUGGGAUUCUCUGAAUAAAACAAAAAAUGUGUACUUUC